CCCCGCUAAAACGAGGCAACGUCGAGGCAACAGUGACGACAAGCAUGACGACGGAAGUGGCGAGGAAGGAGAACAGCAGCCCGAGAAGAGGUCGAGAACACACAAGCAAGAUGAACAUGUCUCCGUCUAGUCCCAUCUACGAGAUACACGACAGAGAGGACAAUCCCAGUCCAGUUCGCUGCGCCGCGGCCGAAACGAUGAUGACACUCUUCAUGAACUCUUCCAGAGAAGCGGAAGAGCGACUCACACGUGAACAGAAGCGCGAUCACCAAACAGUCAAGAAAAUACGCGCCAAGGGAAACCACAAGAAGGUGUUUGGCGACUACAACGAGGCAGCAACAGCAGCUUCUGCUCAAACAUCGUUCAAGAAGUCCAAAUCAAUUGCGUCGAAGCCCGUGCCAAAGCUCAAGAAGGUGCAGCCUCCUUCUGUCGAAAUCGCCGGUGCCGAACGCACGAAUCUAAACCCCACGGUGGUUGACGUUAAGAUGGAGACGUUUGACGACUCUGACGACGUGUUGCCGCGCAAAAUCAAGAAAAAGGGCGACUUGAAGUGCGUCCGCGAGUUCGAUCCCCGACUCAUCCAAGAGAACAUUCGCAUGGGGCGCUACACGGUCGAGAACAACGGCCUCAAUUGCGAAAAACGCGCGCGAAGUCCGGAACGGGAUCACGACGACAGCGCGGCCAAGUUCUUGUUCACGACGUCGAUGUCGGCGAAUUUGACCUUGGAAGAGCAAUUGCACAUGGUGUCGAACCCGUCGUACAGUCGCAAAGAAAAGUCAUUGGGUCUUCUCUGUGAAAAUUUUCUGCGCUUGUAUUGCAACGAUGAAAUCGAAGAUGUGUCGUUGGACGUGGCGGCCUCAAAAUUAGGAGUGGAGCGCCGUCGCAUUUACGACAUUGUCAACAUCCUCGAAAGCAUUCACAUUGUCAGCCGAAAACGCAAAAACCUGUACAAUUGGCACGGCUUGAAGUCACUCCCAACGACAAUCCUCGAGAUGAAAGAGCGAUAUGCACAAGAAGACGACGAGUCGGGCCACGAAAGCAGCAAUAGUGCCGACGACGGCUGCAAAGGAUCGGAUGCAGCGCGGCGACGAGGCAAAUCGUUGGCGCGACUGAGUCAAUUGUUCGUCAAGUUGUUUUUGGACGAAGAGAACAUCAUCAUCCCUCUGGAUUUGGCGGCAAAAGAGUUGAUUCAGCGCGACGAAGGCCUUGGUGAAAUUGGCGGCAACGUGCUCAAAACAAAAAUUCGACGGCUGUACGACAUUGCCAAUGUGUUGGUGAGCGUUGGGUUGAUCGAAAAGGUGCUCGUGCCGCACUGCCGCAAGCCGUUGUUUCGGUGGUUUGGCGGCCGCUUCAAUCCAGACGUGUGCGGCAUCCGGCGAUGGGGCGACGGCGACGAAGCCAUGAUGAAAGAAGACGAUGAAGCGGCAGCCGGUGUCCACAAGGUGCCCGACAGGUCCAAACCCUACGGGGGAGACGGCAGCAUGUUUGCCUCGGACACUGAAAGCGACUCGGACGUGUACAGUCGCUCGACUCCACUCUCGAUGCUGUUCCAGCAAGGCCCGACCCCGCAGCACCAAACAGCGGCACCAACAACGAUGACGGAUUUGAAACCGCGAGGGGGACGCAUCAAGGAUACGGCGCGCCUGAGCUCCCUUCUCGUGAGCGCGCAAGGAGAACUCAUCAGCAUCAACACCACGAGUCCGCAAUCGGUCGCCGAAGUGGGCUUGGCGUGCCUCCGUCCACAUACCCUUGAUCACACGCCGCCCAAGUCGACGACAACCACAAGCUCGUGUAUAGCACCAUCACGUGAGAGCCAUACCAAGCCGUCGUCUGCCGCGUGACUUGGUUUACUUCUGUAAGUUGAAUUAUCCACACACCAACACGUUGUAUUUUAAAAAACAACUACCAUCUCCACGGUGUGUU